AUGCAGGCCUUCGCACAGAUCCGUGCCCACUACCGCGUCAGGAAGAUAUACCUUGCGAAGAUUAGUGGUAUGGGAUUCGUCGGCGCCCUGGGUGUGGUAUCAACAUUGAUGAUCCAUCCUGACGAUCGUUACCGUACAGUUAUGUCGCCCAUAGAGGUCAUGAGAUGUUCACCCUCUCACCAAUGGGUACUAACGCUCCGUCCAGCACCAGCAAAAGCUAAUGGAUACGGUUUGAGAAGCCAACAAAGCCGAGAAUAUCUGACGCCUCGGCAAGUGAAUGCCGGAACACCAAAGCACCCCAAUCUCGCUGGAGACCCUAAUAUAAGUGACGGCGGACACCUCUUCUGCUUCCCGGGAGGGCUCCGGUGGCUGUAUCUCGCUCAGCAUGCCUCUAUAAAGGCAAUGUCUUUAGCAAAUGUAAUUUAUACAAGGGCGACCUGGUUAUGGUGUUCCGCGUUAAGGUCUGCACCUUUAGUACCUUCGGCAGAAAACUCAUGGAUGGCACCAGCGCCAGUUGCAUACAAUCCUAGUAAAGCUUACCACUAA